CUAUAUAAAACGACGCCACUUUGAGCAUUUCAUUCUCGUCUGAUCUCCUCUCUCGCUCUGAGCUUCUUCUUCCUCGUCUCGCAAAUCCGAGCACCCGAUCAUGGCACCCGUCAAGGUUCACGGAACCCCUCUAUCCACCGCCACCAUGCGAGCUCUUGCCGCUCUCUACGAGAAAGAUAUCCCAUUCGAGUUCGUCAACGUCGACAUGAAAGCGGGCGAGCACAAGAAAGAUUCCUUCUUGCAACUCAACCCGUUUGGUCAAGUUCCGGCUUUUGAAGAUGGCGAUCUGAAGCUCUUCGAAUCAAGAGCAAUUACACAGUACAUAGCUCACGAGUAUCAAGACAAGGGGACCCAGCUGCUCUGCCCUAGCACCAAGCUGAUGGCGCUCAUGUCUGUCUGGAUGGAAGUGGAAGCUCACCAGUUCGACACGGCGGCUUCCAAGCUCGCCUGGGAACAAUUCUACAAGCCUUUUUUUGGUCUAACCACAGACUCAGCAGCUGUCGAAGAGAACGAAGCUAAACUCUCUAAAGUUCUGGAUGUGUACGAGACUCGACUCGGUGAGUCAAAGUACUUGGCAUGUGGGUGUUUCACUUUGGCAGAUCUGCACCACCUCCCUGCCCUCCAUUGUUUGUUAUUGACCCCAUCGAAGAAGCUCUUGGAUUCUCACCCUCGUGUCUCUGCUUGGGUCUCAGACAUCACUGCAAGACCCGCCUGGGGAAAGGUCAUUGCUUUGCAAAAGAUGUGAGUUGCAGAAAUGGGUUUUAGAAUCUUAGACACUUUAACUUAUGUAGUUCUAUGAUCUGUGGUGAACUCAGUCAUUUACUCGUCUUGAAUAAGAUCCUGUGUGAGCUUUUCUUUGUAUUUUUCUGGUGUCUUCAGUCCUUAAUGUUAAGGGUAUCUUCUUUUUCUA